GCAUACCGCGCUUUCUUCCUUGCCCAUCGCCGGUUCCCUUCGCUCCCGCCCGCCAACGUCCGUCAGUCGGUCAGUGCCGGCCGGGUCGAAUCCAUGGCGGAGAAGAAGGUUGUGCUGAAGCUGGACGUGCACGACGAGAGGCAGAAGCAGAAGGCGAUGCAGGUCGUCUCGGGUCUCCACGGUAUCGACCAGAUCGCCGUGGACACGAAGGACCAGAAGAUGACGGUCAUCGGCACCGUCGACCCCGUCGUCCUCGUCGAAAGGCUGCGCAGCAAGUUCCCCAUGGCACAGAUGAUCUCCGUCGGCGCGGCCAAGGAGGAGAAGAAGGACGGCGGCAAGAAGGAGGGCGAGAAGAAGGAUGGCGAGAAGGAGGGCGAGAAGAAGGAGCAGGUGGUGUACCCGCCUCCGUACUGGUACCCGCCGCCGCCGCCGUACCACCUCGCCUACAGCCGCGAGGAGGACCCCAACUCGUGCGUCAUCUGCUAAUCGACGCGCGCCGCCGAUUUCCACCUCUGUACAUUUUGUAGCUGGCCGUGUGCUGCCUGCCGGUUGCCGAUCAAUCAUGCGUGCCACGGUUAUCGACGGCGACAUGCGCUAUACAUAAGGCCGUGUAAGGAUUUUGCGCCGGUGGUCCCUGACCCGGCGGCUAUGCAUCUGCAAUGUUUAUAAAGUGCAGGUGUGGAGAAAAAUUAAAUAGAACUGCUCACUUGGAUUUUCAGAGGAA